AUGGCCUCCUCCGCAUGGAAGUCGUCCGUCUCAUCAGUAGACCGAUAUGAGACAAUAUCCAGAAUUCUCGAGGCCCUCCCCUCGCAGGACAUGAGUGAAGCCGUCGCCAUCGAACAAGCAGCAUACGACAAUUCAUCCUCCUUGGACCAAUACACCUCCGCCUGCCACCCAAGCAAACACCAAAAUCCCCCAUCUUCACCCCUAUCCUCACCCUCACCCUCAUCCUCACCACAACCAGCCCCCCAAUCCGGCAUCACCAUCGGCUCAUACGCCAACUGCUCCCCCAUCUCAGACGGCGUCACCUCCGAAGUCUUCCGCUCCGGCACCACCGCCCUCAAAGUCAUCGUCCACACCGUCGAGCCGCACAAUCCCCUCCGCGAGAUCAAGAUCCUGCAGACCCUCCGUCCGCCAUGCAUCCCCCUCAUCGAGUCCUUCCGUGACCAGGAGCAGCGCCUCGUCCUCGCCUUUCCGUACAUGCCGCUGACCCUCGCCGAUGUCCUCGACAAGUCUUCCUCAGCGCUGGACAGUGCCCUGAUCCGCUCCGUCUUUGGCGAUGUCCUCCGGGCUCUUGUUGAUAUCCACAGCCAGGGCAUCGUCCAUCGCGACAUCAAGCCGUCAGCGAUCCUCCUCGCAUCGCCCUCCGGCCCGGCUUAUCUAUCUGACUUCGGCACCGCUUGGCACCCUACCUUCUCUACCUCCUCCGAGCCCCCGGCGUCCAAGAUCCUCGACAUCGGCACCGGCCCGUACCGCGCUCCCGAGGUCCUCUUCGGCGACAAGUCCUACGGCCCUCCCGUCGACAUGUGGGCUUUCGGCGUCAUGCUCGCCGAGGCAAUCAAUUCUCCGCCUUCACCACCAUUCGAGUCCCGGCCCGUCCACGAAGACGGGAACCAGCUCGGCCUGAUCCUCAGCAUAUUCAAGACUCUAGGCACGCCCACCCCCGAGACGUGGCCCGAGGCAAAGGCGUUUCGCGUCACGCCGUUUGAACUGUGGACGGUGUUUCCGCAGAGGGAGUGGGAUGUGAUAUUACCGGGUGUUGAUGCAGGGUUCAGAGAUGCCGUAGCGAGAUUGGUUCGCUACGAUGGGAGCAGGGCUACGGCCGACGAGCUAAUGUGCAUCUUCAUCUUCACCAGGUUCUAA